GCCAUGUGGGCAGGACUGGGGCUAGUUCUGGCUCUCUGUCUCCUCCCAAGAGGAGGGACAGAGAUCCAGAACUGCAGGGAGCCCCCAGAAUGGCAUAUUGGGGAGGAGAACCCAAUGCUGAACUCCAGGGGCUCAGUGACGGUGGUGGCUCUCCUCCAAGCUAGCUGAUACUUGUGCCUGCUGCAGGCUUCCAGAUUGGAGGACCUGCGAGUGAAGUUAGAGAAUGAAGGGCUCGUCAAUAUCUCGUAUGUGGUUGUCAACCAUCAGGGAACUUCUUCCCAGAGGAAAUUUCACCUACUGAAAGAAAGUGUUUCAGACUAUAUUACUGUCUACCAGCAAGAUGAACAGCAAGCUGACGUCUGGACUACCUUAAAUGGAAACAAAGAUGACUUUCUCAUCUAUGACAGAUGUGGCCGUCUGGUGUAUCACCUGGGACUGCCUUAUUCCUUCCUGUCUUUCCAAUACGUAGAAGAAUCUAUUAAGAUUGCAUACUGUGAGAACAAGUGUGGAAACUGCUCUUACACGGAACCUGAUAUUGAUGGUAUAUGUGAAAACAUCACUAAAAAAGCAGAUGAAAAGCUAGCAGAGAUAGAACCCAAACCAACUGAUCAACAUUCCCAUCACCACAACCUGCACAGGCACAGACACCACCACCACCACCACCACCAUCACGAGGGCAGUCGUCGUUCCAAAAAUGAGAACCAUCAGGCUCCUUCUGAAACUCUAAGACAUCAUCCUCACAGUGGUCGGCGUCAUAGAGUUUUUGGCCAUAACAGAAAUGAUCAGACAGGUAGUCAUGAACAGGUAGACACUGUUCCUCCAGGAGAAAGUGUGGAAAUUACACAAGAUAAAAAGCUGUGAAAAAAGGGGAAAACCAGCUGUAAAAAACAGUUAACUUGAAAUUGGGAGACAGCAUCAGACUCAACUUCGAGUAGCUGAUGUUGUCAUUGUCGACACCUUUUGUUUGAAGAGCUAGGAAAUUCUGUCACUUGACAGUGUCGUGGAGCACUUCCGAAUUCUUGCAGGUGACAUGGCCAGCUGUCAGACGAGGAUGUCACUGAAUCUUGACAGUGACGUCUGCUCUCUGCUGCUGCGUGACAGUCACCAGCAGGAGGAGCAAGUGAAACCAGUGACACCUGACAGUGACAGGAAAAGGCAAGAAACUGAGCCUGAAAAACAAACUAA